AUGAGAGGCAAAUCUGAUUUAGAAGAGGACGAACAAGGAAAAUUGUUUGUGGGUGGACUCAGCUGGGAAACUCAACAAGAAAGUCUUCAAAGAUAUUUUAAUCGAUACGGUGAGGUGAUUGAUUGUGUUGUUAUGAAAAAUAGUGAAAGUGGACGGUCAAGAGGUUUUGGUUUUGUCACAUUUGCUGAUCCAAAUAAUGUUAAUGUAGUGCUACAAAAUGGACCGCAUGUUUUGGAUGGCCGCACUAUCGACCCAAAACCGUGUAAUCCUAGAACUUUGCAAAAACCAAAGAGAAGUUCAAGCUAUCCUAAAGUUUUUUUGGGUGGUUUGCCCUCUAAUGUUACUGAAACUGAUUUAAGAACCUUUUUUUCACGGUAUGGAAAAGUUAUGGAAGUUGUAAUCAUGUAUGAUCAAGAAAAGAAAAAAUCAAGAGGGUUUGGAUUUUUGUCGUUUGAAGAUGAUGAUGCUGUUGAUAGAUGUGUAGCCGAGCAUUUUGUCAACCUUAGUGGCAAACAGGUUGAAAUUAAAAAAGCCGAACCAAGAGAUUCCAAUAAAAUGAAUGAUGUUGGAGCCAAUCAGUGGGGCAUGAAUCAAAAUAAUCAUUUAGCAAUGGGUGGAAUGGGCAUGGGUGGCCCAGGUGGACAAAUGGGAGGUCCCAUGGGUGGAAUGGGGCCUAUGGGUCCAGGAAAUAUGAUGCAAGGCUAUCAAGGAGGAUGGAGUUCUACUCCUCAAUCUCAGUACCCCGGUUAUGGCACUCCAUCUGGUCCUGGUGGAUUUCAAGGUUGGGGAGCUCCACCUGGACCGCAAGGUCAAGGAAUGGCUCCUCCAACUUGGGGUUCAAACUAUGCUCCACCUCAACAACCUGGAUACGGUUCAUAUGCACCUCAAGCACCCCCACAGUCAAGUUACGGAAAUAACUGGAAUUGGAAUAUACCCCAGAAUGGACCUGCGGCAGCUACUGGACCUCCUGGACAAACUGGGCCAGGACCUCAAAAUGAUAUGUAUUCUCGUUCUGCUGGAGCAGCACCAGCCACUGGACCGACUCCGCCUGGAACUGCCCCACAAAAAGCUGGUGAUUAUGCUGGCUACGGAAAUUACACUGGCUAUCAACAGGAUUCGACCAGCUAUGGUGCAGGCCAAACUUAUAGAGGGGCGGACGGCACAGCCGCUGGCCUCGGGUCUGGCGGUGGGUAUGUGGCCCCAGUAGUGACGCCAGUCGUUUCCGCCGGAGUACCGGCGGCGACGUACAAUAACGCCCCAGGACCAACCAGAGCGAAUAAUUAUAAUUCAAACCAAGCACAACCAUACCAUCCUUACAGGCGCAACUGA